CAUUUUUCCGCUUCGCAGUUUGUCCUCGCCGCAGCUGCCGUCCUUCCGCUCCCAUUUUAAAAGCUGUAUUCGGGACAAGAUGGCUGCCGCAACGAGUCGCUACUAUAGUGAGGGUGGAAGGGCCACUAAAAGGCAAAAAACGGACAGCGACGGAAUGACCACGGAGGUUUAUGAGGACCCUCAUAAGCCCCUGCCCUCUCUGGUGGUGCACAUCAGGGGUCUGGUGGACGGCAUUACCGAGUCUGACCUGGUGGAGGCGCUGCGCGAGUUCGGCACCAUCAGCUAUGUGGUGCUGAUGCCGAACAAGCGUCAGGCCCUGGUGGAGUAUGAGGACAUGGGCGGCUCAUGCAAUGCUGUGACGUAUGCCAAUGACAACCAGGUGUACAUUGCUGGUCGUCCCUGCUAUAUCAACUAUUCCACCAGCCAGAAAAUCUCUCGACCCGGGGACUCGGGUGACGCCCCCAGUGUUAACAACAUCCUGCUCUUCACCAUCAUGAACCCCAUCUACCCUAUUACCACGGACGUGUUGUAUACCAUCUGUAAUAACUGCGGCCCUGUGCAGAGGAUUGUGAUCUUCAGGAAGAACGGCGUCCAGGCCAUGGUGGAAUUUGAUUCAGUCCAAAGUGCUCAAAGAGCAAAAGCAUCACUCAAUGGAGCCGAUAUCUACUCCGGCUGCUGCACCCUCAAGAUCGAGUAUGCCAAGCCGACUCGACUUAACGUGUUCAAGAAUGAUCAGGACACUUGGGAUUACACCAACCCAAGUCUGAGUGGCCAAGAUGCUGAUUCAGAUGGCAAUUGGAACAGUUCUCAAGACCCCACCACAAAUCCAAACAAGCGCCAGAGGCAGCCAGCUCUGCUUGGAGACCACCCACCCGAAUAUGGUGGUCCCCAGAGUGGUUAUGGUCACUACGACGAAACUUACGGUCCUCCUCCUCCACAUUAUGAGGGCCGGAGGAUGGGGCCACCUCUGGGCCGGACCCGUGGCGGACCUCGUUACGGAGGCCCUCAGUAUGGUCACGGCCCUCCCCCCGACUACGCUGCUCAGGCAGACUCUCCGGUCAUCAUGGUUUACGGUCUUGACCCUUUCAAGAUUAAUGCAGACCGCAUUUUCAACGUCUUCUGUCUUUAUGGCAAUGUUGAGCGGGUGAAGUUCAUGAAGAGUAAGCCUGGUGCUGCAAUGGUGGAGAUGGGGGACUGUUACGCAGUGGAGAGAGCUAUCUCCCAUCUCAACCACACCAUGCUCUUUGGACAGAAACUCAACAUUUGCGUGUCGAAACAGCAGGCUAUAAUCCCUGGCCAGUCAUACCAGCUGGAGGAUGGCAGUACUAGCUUCAAGGAUUUCCAUGGCAGCAGGAACAACCGCUUCAGCACCCCUGAACAGGCAGCCAAGAACCGCAUCCAGAGGCCCAGUAACGUCCUGCACUUCUUUAACGGGCAGCCGGACAGCUCAACAGAGAUCUUCGCCCAGAUCUCUGAAGAGCUUGCCAUCAAGCCCCCAAACAGUGUCAAACUUUUCACAGGAAAAAGUGAGAGGAGUGCGUCGGGUCUGUUGGAAUGGGAGAGCAUCAACGAUGCGAUGGAAGCUCUCUCUGUAAUGAACCACUAUCAAAUGAAAAAUCCAACUGGACCGUACCCCUUCACUCUGAAACUCUGCUUCUCCACGGCCCAGAAUGCUAACUAAAGCCUUGAUGACCUCUGACCCCCUCCUUCACAGUGUGUCCCAAGAUGGCUCUCUGUUGUUUUAAGUACAAAUAGUGUUCCUACGUGAUGAUUUUUUUUUAUUUUAAUUUUUUUUUAUUGUUGUAUAAGCUCUUUUUUCCUGCCCUGUAUACCAAGGCAAAUUAAGAAAUAAAUCAAAAGUGAUGUUUUUGUUCUCUAAAUAAAAGCCAUUAUUAAACCCA